AUGGCUAUGAACGCCGCUGCAGCCUUCCCCACCGCACUAUUCAUAUCCUCCGCCUGCACAAAACCCUCACUCAUAACGAAACUACCACUCCGCCGCACCGCCGCCGUAAAGCGCACCGGAAUCACCGCCGGCGCCUUCACGUCGCCGAGAAUGAAUUGGCUCGAAAAGCUAGGGUUCCGUGCCCCCGCCUCCACCGGAACCCCGGUGGACUCCUCAUCGGCAAUCGCCCAGGGCCCCGACGACGAUACUCCGAGGCCAGGCAACGAGUUCGCCCAAUUUGGGGCAGGAUGCUUCUGGGGCGUCGAAUUGGCCUUCCAGCGCGUUCCCGGAGUCACCACGACGGAGGUCGGCUACACUCAGGGCAACUUGCAUAAUCCGACGUACGAGGACAUCUGCUCCGGCGGGACAAACCACUCCGAAGUGGUAAGGGUUCAGUACGACCCGAAGGAGUGCGGCUACGACAAUCUGCUCGAUGUUUUCUGGGCCAACCACGACCCGACCACUCCGAAUCGCCAGGGGAACGACGUGGGGACGCAAUACAGAUCUGGAAUUUACUUCUACACGCCUGAGCAGGAAAAGGCAGCAUUGGAAUCGAAGGAAAAGCAAGAGAAGGUUUUAGGUAGGAAAAUUGUUACGGAGAUUUUGCCUGCGAAGAAAUUUUAUAGGGCAGAGGAAUAUCAUCAGCAGUACCUGGCUAAAGGAGGAAGGUUUGGCUUCAGGCAAUCGGCUGAGAAAGGAUGCAACGAUCCUAUUAGAUGCUACGGGUAAAAUAUGCAAAAUCAAUAACAGGUGCUGAAGUAAAUAGAGUUCGUGAUAUUUCUAAAUUUUGUAGUGUUAUUCAUGUGCUCUAAAUUUGAUUGAAUAAGAUCAUCAUCAGAAUAAAGGUUGUUUUCAUUCACAACCGCGAA